AAGAUGAAUAUCAAACCAAAGAAUGUCGUCCUCAUUAUUGGGAACACCGAGGAUCCAACUACGCCGUAUAGCAGUGCUAGAACACUUGCCUCUUCGAAGCAUCUCGGAAACAAGGCGAGGCUCGUAAAAUAUCAUACUCUUGGGCACACCAGUACUUCGACUUGUAUGGACGAUAUCAUAAGGAAAUAUAUCAAUGGGACUCCCCCGCAAGAUGCUGGGAACGAUGAGGCGGACAUCGAAUGCCGGCCGGAUAGUAUACCUUUUGACUUUCCUCUCCCAUCCUAG